AUUAUUUAAAUAGUAGUAAUAAGAACGCUUAUGGAAAAUAUGGGAGAUACCGACUACAGGCUUUAUUUGUGCAGCAACUGUUGCCGCCGAUGCCUGUGGAAUGAUCUGUCCCCGGAGGAGCAUCGUUGCAGCCGCUGUCGUUUGCCGUACCAGGGAUGCGCCAUCUGUGACCGGAAGUUCGAGCCAAGCAACAGAACGGAGCUCUAUUGCAAGCGAUGCAAGUUUCAUAUGGUCAAUCAGGUAUCUUCGACACCACCAUCACCUCUGGAUCUUGAACUGAAUGUGAACAUGGAUGCGGAACCAGAUCUGUUUGAGCCACCACGGGAAUUGUCCAUGUCACAGCGCUGGAAGGAUAUCAAGUCGGCAACUGGUAUUCGGGAUGAAUAUUUAAUGAACUGAUUAAACCUUCAUUUCGUGAAUUAAUCCAAAAAUAUAUGUGUAUAUAUUUGUUGAGUAUCAUUAUGAGACCACAUUUAAAUAUAAGUCGCAGUCUUUCAGCUUCAUUGGGCCACUUACAUGUGACCAAACAGCAGCAUUAAGUUUUACAACAAA